GUGGUAGUUGAUCCGUGUUUACGGAAGUUAAGUCUAUCAAUCCAUGGCUUUGACCUGACCGGUACAUCUGCUGCUGAAUUAACAUUUAAAGUGUCUUUUUUUCAAUUCCAUUCACUUUAUUUUGCAUUAUCAUACAAAGGAAGUGAUAGCCAUCAUGUGGGACCAUGAAAUUAGAGCCAUGGCGUCCACCCACGCUAUUAUCGCCAGCUCGGUGUUCAUGGCCACCGUCCUGCCUGCGGUGCUGGUACCGGGCUUCUCGGUGUAUGGGACUCACCUGCUGUGGCUCUACUUGGUGUCCGGUUCGAUCGCCGCAGUCAGUGUCGCCGUCUUCUGGCUGCUCGGCCUCACUCCGCCCACCAAGAAGCAUUCGCUGGGAUACAAGCUGUCUAGACUGUUCCGUUCUGUCCUGUACCUCUUCCUGUCAUGCCUGUUUUUCCACACUGUGGUGGUUCUCUACGGCGCUCCACUGAUCGAGUCUGCGUUAGAGACGUUUUCUCUCGCAGUGCUGCUGACGUCUCUGACUACCCUGAGGUGUCUCUGCAUCCUCGGCCCUAACGUCCAGGCUUGGAUACGAGUGUUCAGUCGCCAUGGAGCGAUGUCCGUGUGGGACACCUGUUUGCAGAUUACAGUCGCCUGCACGCUGGUGGGAGCCUGGGUUGGGGCCUUCCCCAUACCUCUGGACUGGGACAGGCCUUGGCAGGUUUGGCCCGUGUCCUGCAGCUUGGGAGCCAUGAUCGGCUUCCUGACCGGACUUGUCGCUGCUCCUGCGUGGAUCCACUAUCACCGUAAACAGCUCACGUACAAGUGCAAGUAAUGGACAGAGGCGUGUGUGUGUCCAUGUCUGUGUGUGUGAAUGCAGCCGCCAGAGUAUUUCUUCUAUUCCUGACGUGUGACUCUAAACUUUUUACUGAUUAUUUAUUGGGAACAUCCAUCUGCAGCCUGUAGAAAAGAUGAUUUUGUAAUAUGAUUAUUUUUUAUGCAUGAAGGCUCAAAGUGUUCCUGAAUAUUGUUGGCACGAAUAAACCAUUAGCUGUGCAACAGAA